AAAAGUUCUGGAAAAAAAGAUUAAUCUCUGCUAAAGUUAUGGAAAAGCCAAAGAGAAAGAGAAAGAAAGGAUCUGCUCAUGAUCCACAACCUACAAACUGAUCUGUGAAACAUGGUGGAGGUAGUGUCAUGGCUUGGGCUUGCAUGGCUGCUUCUGAAUCAGGCUCACUAAUCUUUAUUGAUGAUCUAACUCAUGAUGAUAGCAGCAGAACGAAUUCAGACAUUUUCAGGAACAUUUUGUCUGCCAGCUUACAGAGAAAUGCAUCCAAAUUAAUCGGGAGGAACUUUGUCAUGCAGCAGGACAAUGAUCCAAAAUACACUGCCAACACAACAAAGGACUUCAUCAUGGGGAAAAGUGAAAGGUUUUAGACUGGCCAAGUCAAUCACCUCACCUUAACCCCAUUAAGCAGUAUUUCACCUCCUGAAGAGGAGACUGAAGGGAGAAACCCCCCAAAACAAACAACAACAGAACUACGGAAAGAGGCUUGGAAAAAGCCUGGAAAAGCAUCACAAAAGAAGAAAUCAACAACUUGGUGAUGUCGUGCUGUUACAAGUCAGGUGGUGUAAAGGGCUCAGGUGCUGUUGACAGAGGCGCUGGUGGUUUCUGACACAUACAACAAGCACAAUCCUUCUCUUGCCAUAUAGUGGGUAGACAGAACGUCAGAAAUUCUCCUUGCUUUACUGAAGAUGGCAUUUACAGGCUUUCUUGCUGCAUCUGAUAUUUCUUCUGCCAUCAAUGCUUGCAAAGCAAAAGAUUCCUUUAGCCCAAAGACAUUUUUUGCAACGUUGGGUCUAUCCAAGAAGACUCCAUCUGAGAUAGAGAAGGUUUUUAAAAUGCUUGACCAAGACCAAAGCGGAUUUAUUGAGCAGGAUGAGUUACAAUUAUUUCUGCAGAAUUUCUCAAAAGGGGCACGGACUCUCACUGCAGCUGAGGUGAAGGCCUUCCUCGUGGCUGGAGAUAUGGAUGGGGAUGGAAAGAUUGGCUGGGACGAAUUCUCAGCUCUUGUGAAUGAUUCUUGAGCCCAGAUCUUCUAAACAACACUGGAGAAAGAAACACUGCUGAAUGUUUACUUUGAGAUGGGAAAUUAAUAUUAUAAUUAUAAUAUUAAUUAAAAUGAUAUAUAAAUAAAUAUAUAUAUAAAUUUGUAUUAAUAAUCCAUUUCUUUGAUCAUGUACUUUG